GCUGUUGGGGCGCCACCCAGCAACAUGGAUGAAGUGAUAAAUGUUCUUGAAUCCGUCAAGCAUGCUGCAGAGGGUGCAGAAGCAACUGUGAGGAAGGCCUACGAGAAGGCUGAAGAAGCUACGAAGGUUUUAGAAGAGGCGGUAAAGGCUGUGACGACUGCGCGAAGUGAAGCUGAGGACUUGAAAAAUAUUGUUGAAGCUGUCGUCGAUUUUAAAAGUACCAAUGCAGUUCAACCAAAAGCACAGAAAACCAUGUCAACAUCCACGGCGGCGAACGGUCGCCUUAUUGAGGCGGAAGGUUUAUCAGAAGAUACGGCAAAGGCCGCUCAGGGAGCGUUUGAUGUGAUGCGUAAGAUCACGGGGAACGUUAAGAAGGCAAUGAGGUUGCUGGGUGGUUCAGUCCCACAGCAAGUACAGGUGUUAUUGGAACUCGCAGAAACGAGUCAGGCUGGAUUUGCUGACGCCGCGAGCAAUGCAGCUUCUUCUUCCCUUGAGGCAUCGAAUGCUCAGAUCAGCGCAAAAAAUAUAAAUGUCCACGCCGAGCAGGCAAUGGAUGAAGCUGAAAAGAUAAAGAAAAGUGGAGGUGACAACAGUGCACGUCGUGGGCAAACCGAUAUAUAUAAAGAGAAUGUAAAGGAUUACGGUCAGCUUGCAGCAGCUCACGGCAAGGAAGCAGUGGAUGGAGCUGAAGCGGCAGCGGGAAAUGCCACAACUGCAUUUGAGAACACUAAGAAGGCGGUUGAAGCUUUCCGACAAAUACUGGAUGCUGCAAAAAACGCAGUAACGGCUGCUGAUGAAGUUCUCAAACAGAACGCAACAGAAGAUGCCCCGUCAUUUAUAUCUGAGGGAGGCAGUGAUUCACCACUGCAGCAAAAUGAAAAGGCCCCACUAACCGAUGAUUCACAGACAGCCGCCGGGGCUGAUGGUCUUUCUACAACCGAAUCCACUGAAGCUACCGCAACAUCUGUUGAGCACACUGGGGAGACAUCCUCUCCAGCCAGCGGUACACCUGAGUCUCCUCUGCUUCCAUCGAGCAGCGCUGUGAGUGCCGCGAUGG